AUGACGGUCUCGAGCUGGCUCACCCUGGCUCGCCAAUGUCUUCUUCGCCGAGUCUCUGUGCAACGCUUUGGCGACUUCUUGCGCAGCCAUGACAGCGAAAUCGACGGCAAGCGAUUAUUUGGAGCCCUUGUUGAAUGCCGAGAAUCCUUUUGCCAACCGGGGGAUCCCCUUAUCUCGCUUUAUAUCGAUCAUAUUGUAGUCACUGGCAUCAUCGCUAUUUCAGACGGUCUCAUUAUUCUGACAAGACGUUGGAACGACACGAAAUUUCCAGCAUCACAAAACACCCUUGCCUGCUACAAUGACACCCUUCAAGAUCUAACGAUGAUUAUUGUCUCCCCAAAGUAUAAGGCCGGUGCCUGUGAAGCACGUCUAGCUUUGCAAAUCUCAUCAAGAUGGCUCUGUUCUUUGGCACGGCAGGCAUCACGGGGCGAUCCCGGACCAUCAGAGCUGGAGCUCAAUAACACCAUCGAAUUCCUCGCAUUCCUCAUGGCCUCAAUGGCCGCAACCGACGCUGGAUUCGAAGCUUUGUCACCACCCGAGAGCCAGGGGGUGAAGGUCAAGCAUGGGUCUGUUUAUGACUUGCGAACUUCGGUGAAGCAAGCAUUUGAGCUCUGCCUCCCUUUAUAUUCCAUGCUCUCCUCUCAGCUCAUGGAGCGGAUAAACACGGUCCUGAAACAUAUCAACCUUCUUGAUGAAGGUGCCUCGCAAGCGGGCAAUGCAACAGCCCCAACGUCCGAGAUUCAAGCGCUCCAAUUCCAAGUCUCCAUCGCGGAUAGCCAGUUGGUGGCUUCCAAAGCAGGCACGAUACUUUAUCUCGAAGGCCUCCUCUUCACAGGUUCAACGAUUGAUGACGGCGGAACAGAAGGGGAGGCGCAACCAGUAUACGACGAUUUCGGAGCCAUCUUCCUCCUGAUUUUGGUUAGCAGGGGACGUUUGGGGCUCUCAAAGUCCAGCUUGGGUAUACGGAAGAAAGAUGGGUUUCUAGCUCAAUAUCUGGAGCAUGAGAACAGUGAAGAAAGCCUGGAGAGUCUGUCCGAUGAACAAAAAUCGCAUUUAGGGAACUGGAUCAAUGCGCUUUACCUGGCUGAAGGUCUCAGCGAUGAACUGUUUACUAAUUGCAGCCCGCACGACUUCUACCCAUUGAUUCCCACUCUCCUCCGGCAAUCGAUGACGGCUCAUCAGCAAGGAAAGCUAACCCACGACUCUUUACAAGCCGGAUUGGAUUAUCUCCUUGAGCCUUUCUUGCUGCCUUCCUUGAUCUCCGCGAUGAAUUGGGUCGCCGAGGUCAUCCAGCAUGAGCGCAUGGUUGCUGGAAAAGUGUUAGAGACUCUAAUGAAACCACGAGAAUCGCUAGAGUCUCGAGACAUUCAUCACACUAUCUUGACACUGUGUGCUCCCAGGUUGAAAAUGCACCUCAAGGCUAUAACAUCGCAAGAUACGAACGUCGACUCGAUUCUCAGGAUCUUGGAUGAGUGUCCGGACUUUUCCUUCUUCUCGGAGCGGGAACGACAGAAUCCUGGCCCAGGGAUCCUAAACAUUCUCCAGCAUAGCCUAGUAACACUUAUUACAUCUACGGUCGCUUUGGACAUUGGUGACACUGCGCCUUUCACAGACAUUUCUGCGAUCGUGAAUCGCGCUGUUGAAGUUCGAGGUCCGCACACAACCCUGCGAGCCAUAGUUGGGGUGCUGCUGCAGCUGAGCGACAACCACGCGUUCCUUUACGCUCUGGACACACUCACUACCGUAGUGUGUAUGGCUGGAAAUGGUCUUCGUGAUGCUCUGCGCUUGCAAUACCACGAUCUUGGGAGUCUCUUGAAAAGUGGGGAAACCUUGACCGCUGAAGGCGUGGUCCGUUUACAUCGGCAGGUCGAGACAUACACGAAUCUCCUUGCCGUACCGGAAAUGGGCUUGGACUCGUUCAACUUCACUCAGCAACUUACGAACAUAGACACCACGAACGCCAAUCUCGAUUCUGGUACCGCUGUAUCAGGUGGGAUGGACAUACAGACAGAACAGGGACAAGCAGACGGAAUCGACCAAGUGCUCGACGAAGUUGCUGCCAUGGGAAACUUGGACUCCAACGAUGCAGAUAUGAGCUUUGAUGCUCUUUAUGACCUCCAAGGGAACGACAUGGAUCUGAAUGACUUGGAUUUGGAUAUGUUCUGA